GGAGGCUGUUGAGGACAAGCUAGAGCUACGGUUGGAUUCGAGGCCUGGAUCAGCGGGGACUAGAAACCCACAGAAAGUUCUGGAGCGCCAGGCGGGAAUCAGGAGCAGAAACCAGCGAGGCCUCCCGUAAGGAGGAGGCUUCCGGAUGCUUCGGGGUCCUGAGACUCAGACGCGGCCCGGGGCUUGGUGACGCACUCAGCGUCGGGGCGGGGCCGGCGAGGGCCAAGAUGGAGGCCAACGUGUUCCGCUUCCGAGAUGCCCGCUCUGCUCCAGAUCCCGUGCUGGAAGCCGGGCCGGUGGCCUUCGGGUCUCAGCCGGUGCCUCUGGUGCUGGACAACGGGUCGUUCCAGGCUCGGGCCGGGUGGGCGUGCCCCGGGCCGGACCCGGGUCCCGAGCCGCGCCUGCAGUUCCGCGCCGUGUGCGCGCGCGGCCGCGGCGGGGCGCGCGGCGGGUCGGGGCCGCAGGUGGGCAACGCGCUGGGAAGCCUGGAGCCUCUGCGCUGGAUGCUGCGCUCGCCCUUCGAUCGCAACGUCCCGGUCAACCUGGAACUGCAGGAACUGCUGCUGGAUUACAGCUUCCAGCACCUCGGCGUCUCCUCGCAGGGCUGCGUUGAUCAUCCCAUAGUUCUGACAGAGGCUGUGUGUAACCCCCUCUACUCCCGCCAAAUGAUGUCGGAACUCCUUUUUGAAUGCUACAGAAUCCCGAAGGUUGCCUAUGGAAUAGACAGCCUCUUCAGCUUCUACCACAAUGUGCCCAAGAAUGCCCUUUCCAGUGGCCUCAUCAUUUCAUCCGGCUACCAGUGCACACACAUUUUACCCGUCUUGGAAGGAAGGCUUGAUGCCAAAAACUGCAAACGCAUCAAUCUCGGAGGGAGUCAGGCAGCUGGCUACCUGCAGCGGCUUCUCCAGCUGAAGUACCCAGGGCACCUGGCAGCCAUCACACUCAGCCGAAUGGAGGAGAUCCUGCAGGAGCAUAGCUACAUUGCCGAGGACUACGGUGCAGAGCUGCAGAAGUGGCAGUGCCCCAAUUACUAUGAGAACAAUGUCCACAAGAUGCAGCUCCCGUUCUCCAGCAAGCUCCUGGGCAGCACACUGACGGCAGAGGAGAAGCAGGAGCGGCGGCAGCAGCAGCUGCGCCGGCUGCAAGAGCUCAACGCCCGGCGGCGGGAGGAGAAGCUGCAGCUGGAUCAGGAGCGGCUGGAACGGCUGUUGUAUGUGCAGGAGCUCCUAGAGGAAGGACAGAUGGACCAGUUUCACAAAGCUCUGAUAGAGCUGAACAUGGACUCCCCAGAAGAACUGCAGUCCUACAUACAGAAACUCACCUUGGCAGUGGAGCAGGCCAAACAGAAAAUCCUGCAGGCCGAAGCCAACCUGGAGGUGGAUGUGGUGGACAGCAAGCCAGAGACCCCUGACCUGGAACCGCUGGAGCCCACCCUGGAGGAUGUGGAGAACGUCAAUGAAUUCGAACCUUUGUUCUCAGAGGAAACGCCCGAAGUGGAGAAGCCGCAAGUCACCACAGUCCAGCCCGUGUUUAACUUGGCAGCGUAUCAUCAGCUGUCUGUUGGGACAGAGAGGAUCCGUGCUCCGGAGAUUAUUUUCCAGCCAUCUCUCAUAGGAGAAGAGCAGGCGGGAAUUGCAGAGACCCUCCAUUUUGUCCUGGACAGGUACCCGAAGGCCAUUCAAGAUAUCCUGGUUCAGAACGUUUUCCUCACCGGUGGGAACGUGAUGUACCCAGGCAUGAAGGCCCGAGUGGAGAAGGAGCUGCUGGAGAUGAGGCCCUUCCAGUCCUCCUUCCAGGUUCAGCUUGCCUCAAACCCUGUGCUGGAUGCGUGGUAUGGUGCCCGUGACUGGGCCUUGGAUCACCUAGAAGACAGUGGAGCCUGGGUCACCAGAAAGGACUAUGAAGAAAAGGGGGGCGAGUACCUCAAGGAACAUUGCGCCUCCAACACGUACGUCCCCAUCCGCCUGCCUAAGCAGGCCUCACGUGCCUCAGAGACUUCCGGGCGAGGCUCCGGCGCCAACGGAACUGGUGAUCAGGCCUAGCAGAGGGGACACCUGGAUGCCCUUGUGCUUCACCCUUGCCAUGGAGGCAGUAUUUGGGACAAGGACAGUGCUCCAUGGUGCUGCCUGGGUCUAACAGCCUUGUCUGGUCAGUGACUGGAUCUCUCCUGGGAGCCCAGCAGAAGAGAACAGUGAUCUACCUCAGUGAAGGACACAGCAGCCUCUGGCCGAGGACCGUGGACAAGCUGGGCGCUGCUUUCUUGAGCAGCGAGGGAGAAGUGGCCGGUGCUGCUCUGCACUGGGAAGCCUUUCUUCUGUGGUUUUGUUUUUGUUUUUAAAGCUCUAAAGUUCUCCAUUGAGUUUUUCUUCUUCUGUGUGUGGCACUGUCCUGUGACUACCCAGAGUGUGCUCCAAGCUGCUGUUGGAGUUGUGGAAGUGGCCAUCCACUGAUCCCCUGGAGUGGGAAGACCCACCUCACUCCCACCCCAUUCUCUGCCUGCUUCCUGUCCUGAGUGGAAGGUGGCGCUCAUGCCCAGCCUUCUAACUGUUGCUUUGCUGGGGACGCUUCCACACUGAAGCCUUGCCAGAGAUCUGUUUCUUCUGUUCUGUGGGUUUGUGGGUGACAUGCCCUUUUCAGGCCACUCUGCAGAACUGACAGGGGCGGGGGAGAGCCCAUCCCAGGGACUUUUCUUUUGGCUCUGUUUCCCUGCCCCCGUGCCUUGACAGUGUGACCUUGACCAGGUAGCUGUCCCCUUCCCCCCUCCGUUGCUUUGGGACUAGGGUCUCACGGUACAGCUCAGGCUGGCUUCACA